CCCCUUUCCGCUUCUGCGCAGUUCUGCUAGACCUGAUCCGCUCGCCUCUCCGCAAAGCACGGUCACGAUGUCGGAGUAUAACGCGGUGCCGACCGGGCCCGGAGUGCCAGCCUCUACCCCGCAACCGCCCGGGGCAGGCGCCCCUGCCAUCAGGAAGGACGCUUUCGCCGACGCGGUGCAGCGGGCCCGGCAGAUAGCAGCCAAGAUAGGAGGAGACACAGGGACACCGGUGAUUAAUAACAGUGCACCGCUGCCAGAGUUCCCUUUUCCAGGGCAGAAACGACAGCUGGAGGACGCAGGUAAGGGAACGGGGACUGGAAACCAGUAACCGAGCUGACCAGAC